UGGCACCUUCUCUAUUAUUACGCCUGCGUCACCUCGCUCCUCCUCUUUCGCCCAACUCGCGCAGGAGAUGCGAUUCCAGUCCACUUUGCACGUAAGCAAAAACUGAGGCGGCGCAGGAAAAGUACAAGUGUGUCUGGCUUUUUAGUUACGCUGUCAGAAACGCUCAGUCUCUUCUGCUACGAGAUAACACCUGUCAAAGUCUCGCACCGCCACGUUCAUUUGUGCGACCUCGCUCUAUAAGGAUGCACACUUUUCUCCGCUGAAUUUUCAAACAGCAGGAAAGGAGCGGCCCCGGAGAACUGCGCAGGCGCCUCUCCUGGUCCCGGACACCGCCUCCAGGGCACUGGUGUCUGCGUGGAGAAACUCGCGGAGCCCCGCCUGACUCCCAACACGCAGGCGCGAGGGCGCGUGCCCUGCGCUACCAGCUCUGAUUGGCUGCCUCUCCUGAGAGCACCGCCCAAUGGGAGGCGUGGAUAGUGAAGGGUCCUACACUACUGGAGUGGAGGGUCUGUGUCAAGAGCGGCAGGGGCUGCUUGGAGGCACUGCCUUCCCCAUAAUGGCAGAGAUGGUGGCAGAGGCAGCUGAGAUACCAACACAAUCAUCAGGAGCAGUGGAAAUCUCAACGGCUGUGUCAGGAGAGCUGGCAGAGAUGGCGACAGCAGUGACUGAGAUGACCUCUGGAGAGGCCCUUGCCUCGUCCCUCUUCUUCCAGCACCACCAGUUCAUGUGCUCGGAGUGUGGCAGCCUCUACAACACCCUGGAGGAAGUCCUCUCCCACCAGGAACAACACCUGCUCACCAUGUCAGAGGAGGAGACUCUGACCACCCAGGAUGCAGGCCUGGAGCCUGAGCUAGUGCCUAGCACUGGGGAAGGACCCUUCCAGUGUGGUGAAUGCAGCCAGCUCAUCCUCUCUCCCAGCGAGCUCCUUGCCCACCAGGAUGCCCACCUGCAGGAGUCUGCAAGCCAGAUCCAGUACCAGUGUGGAGACUGCCAAGAGCUCUUCCCUUCACCUGAGCUGUGGGUAGCUCAUCGCAAAACUCAGCACCUUUCCAGUGCAGCGGACGAGCCACCGUCUCCUUUGCCUCCCCCAACACCCCCACCACCACCACCACCACCACCACCACCACCACCACCAGAAGUCAAGAUGGAACCCUACGAGUGCCCUGAGUGUUCCACCCUCUGUGCCACCCCUGAGGAGUUCUUGGAGCAUCAGGGCACCCACUUUGACUCCCUGGAGAAAGAAGAGCACAAUGGGUUAGAAGAGGAGGAGGAAGAUGAGGAAGAAGGGGAGGAGGAGGAAGACGACGAUGAUGAAGAGACUGAUGAGGAGGAAGCAUCCUCAGAACUCACUGCUGAUGACACGGGAAGCAACAAGUCCACGGCUGACUCUGCUCAGAGUUGUGGGGAUUGUCCACAGCACUGUACCUCUUCAGGGGCACGCCACAAACACCGAAGGGCAUCUCACGGCCCAGCCUCAGCCACCCAUGCCUUCCACUGCAGCCAGUGUCAGCGCAGCUUCAGCUCAGCGAACCGGCUGGUGGCUCACGGCCGGGCCCACGUGGGUGGCACCCAUGAGUGUACCACUUGCUCUAAGGUCUUCAAGAAGGCGGCCUCUCUGGAGCAGCACCAGCGGCUGCACCGUGGGGAAGCCCGCUAUCUCUGUGUGGACUGUGGCCGUGGCUUUGGCACUGAGCUCACACUUGUGGCCCAUAGACGGGCCCAUACUGCCAACCCACUGCACCGCUGUCGCUGUGGCAAGACCUUCAGCAACAUGACCAAGUUCCUGUACCACCGACGAACUCACACUGGGAAAAGCGGAACCCCCACCAGGGUAGCAACUGUCUCCCCAGCUCCAGCUGAGCCCACGCCCCCACCCCUGCCCCCACCUGCCCAGCUGCCCUGUCCACAAUGCCCCAAGUCCUUCGCCUCAGCCUCCAGGCUGUCCAGGCACCGGCGCGCGGUGCACGGCCCCCCUGAACGCCGACACAGGUGUGGGGUCUGCGGCAAGGGCUUCAAGAAGCUCGUCCAUGUGCGCAACCAUCUGCGGACACACACGGGUGAGAGGCCCUUCCAGUGUCACUCCUGCGGCAAGACCUUCGCUUCUUUAGCCAACCUCAGCCGCCACCAGCUGACCCACACAGGAGUGCGUCCCUACCAAUGCCUGGACUGUGGCAAGCGCUUUACACAGAGCUCCAACCUGCAGCAGCAUCGGCGGCUACACCUUCGGCCUGUGGCCUUUGCACGUGCCCCUCGCCUUCCCAUCACGGGUCUCUACAACAAGAGCCCCUACUACUGUGGGACCUGCGGCCGCUGGUUCCGCGCCAUGGCAGGCCUUCGGCUGCAUCAGAGGGUCCAUGCCCGAGCAAGGAGUUUGACCCUGCAGCCUCCCAGAUCACCCUCUCCGGUCCCACCCCCACCCCCUGAACCUCAGCAGACUAUCAUGUGCACAGAGCUUGGGGAGACCAUCGCCAUCAUUGAGACAUCCCAGCCGCUGGCACUCGAGGACACACUGCAGCUAUGCCAGGCAGCACUGGGGGCCAGUGAGGCGAGCGGACUGUUGCAGUUGGAUACGGCCUUUGUCUGACACGGCGCAAGAGCAAUGAGAAAAGGGGUUUGCUUACCAGCUUGUGUCUGGGCACCUCGGGAAAAAGAGGACCCCUCUUGGCAAGCUAACCUGGCAUCCACACGUCAGGGUCCACCCUGCUGGCCUCUCCUAACUGCUGACUCCUCAGGGUUCCUCCUGUUACCUUUCCCUGCCCCAGAUGAAACUGAAGCUCUGACAAGUGAUGGGAUCUGUCUGAGUCCCUACCAACUGCAUUACAGAAUGGGGUUUGCCAAGGCUCUUUGCACGGCAUCACCCGGUGCUCAGCAACAUCAGGUAACCUUUAUUGAGCACCAAUUAUAUGCCAGGCCUGUGCCAGACACUCCCAUAUACCUCUUCAGAUCUUCUGCUUAAACCCCCCCCCAUGCCCCUCCCCGAGAACUUGGGAUGUUUGGGACUUAGCUCUACCUGGUAUAGGAAGGCACUUAGUUUCAUGAGGCUUACUUCAUUUCAGUUUUGACAGUAUGAAAUCUGUAGGUGACCCCAGUACUCAGCCCAGCCUGGGUGACCUUAAAAAACCAGGAAUGAACCAGUCACAGCUCCACACUCGGGCAUGCUCAGCCCAGUAGGGGCAACUGACUGAAUACAGACAGCUACACAGACAGUUGCCCUAUACAGACAGUGCUGCCUGUGGCUCAUUGCGCCUGUGUGCCCAAGCCUGUGUGCACAUGCCAUGCAUGGUGCGGCAGGCUAAAGGAGAAUUGGGUCUAAGGAGUCCUGGGCUGAGGUGGGGAUGUGCAGGGACAGUGGAACUGAGAAGAGACUGAGAAGUAGUGCCAGUUCCUGAAGUAAAAGUAGGAAGCUGCCAGCACAAGAGGAAAAUAACCUUUCAGGCAGGCCAUCCAGUUACAGCUGCAGCAUCAGGCAGGACAUUUCGUGUCCCUCAGGCCUGAGACGGACCUGUGUACCAUCCUGGCUGUGCAAGUAAGGACGCAGCACAGAGAAUACCCAGGGUCGCAGAAUGGGUGGAGGCACUGUGAGAUGAGAAUGUAGUUCUUAGGCCCAUCUCUAUUGUGAGUAAGACUUGACCCCUCGGUGACCACAGAGAACACUUGGUCCAUCCCUGACCCAGAGCAGUGAUGCUUGCUCACCCUGUUUCCUAACUGGUUGGAAUAAAAGGAGGAUGAGAUCAGUCCUGCAGAGCAGAAAGGUACCCCUGGGGCUGAUGUCAGCAUCUAGCAGGGCCCCAAAUCUCCCUCCCCUCAAGGAUAUGUUCCAAAAUUACUUUUUCUGCAUCAGUAAUCCAUCAGGAGGACCCUCAUUUGCUCCCUCCCAGGUCCCCUCUCUUUCUGGAACACCCUACCCACUCAUUGCUUGGCACCAUGUAGAGAUACUAUCUCCUUCUGCCUAUGGUUCUCACCAUCUGGCUCCAGCAUAUUUUAAAAGUCAAGGGAAAGAGCCAGGCAGAGUGGCACAAGUCUGUAAUUGCAGUGUUUGGGAUCCUAAGGCAAGAUGAUCUUGAGUUCCAGGAAAGCCUGAGCUAUGCUGGAAGACCAGCUCAAAACCAGAGAGAGAAAGAGAGAAAAGAGCUAAACCCUGAACCUCCACCUUCCUUCCCACUAAGAAGGUAAGAGAAGUGAAGCAAGUGGGCGCCAUGCUUCAGACAGGGCAGCUUACACCUUGGGAGUCUGCCCAUCUGCAUACAUAGCCAUCCCACUAAGUCUACAGGCAGUUAGACACUGGACCCAAGAGGCUCAUCAGCCAGGCUCACUCACUCAGUACCCAGGAUGCUAACACAGAGUUUGUGCCAGGAAGUGGGCAGAGUCCACACCUGUGGUAGUCAAGCAUUAAGUGGCACAAGGGUUUCUGGCCUCUCAGUAUCCCCCUGCUUCAAGUGGAACUGAUUCCAAACCCUGAACCCCUCACUCUGUAGACACAGGCAGCCAGACAGGGAGAAGGGUUUCAUGCCAAUAAUUUAUUGAACAGAGGUCUGUACACAGGCAAACCUUACUGUGGAAACUAAGACACCAGGGACUCUCUCUACUCCCCUCCUUCCAGGAUGGGGAGAGGGAGGAAGCCUUGGGAGCAGAGGACAAGAAGGGGUACAGCUGGGGGGGGCAAGUUGAAUGGUGUGAAUUGACGUUUUCUUUAAGAAAAAAUUAUAACAAUCUAUUUACACCCAGGGGGCCAGGGAAGGGAAGACGAGAGAUGGGCUGGGCUGGUUCUAUUUACAAGGGACCUGGGAGAGGGGGGGAGGGAAGGAGUGGUAGCCUGGGGGAGGGGAGGGGACCAAGGGGGUAGAAGGUCCUCACACCCCCAAACCCCGUCCUUCCUUUUCUCCCCUCCCCUACAAACAGUUAAAAUCCUCUUUAAAAAGCCCACCACAGAGGUUAGGCUGCUGAGGGAGGCCUAGAUGCUGGGGGUAGUUCAUUUACCUCUGCCCUCUAGUCUAGGGGCCCAGCCAGGGCAGGAGCUUGAUGGGCUGUGGCCCCCUUCCCAGCGCCACUUGGGCCUUCCCAGAUGGACGUGGAGGGGUAGUCGGUGGGGCCCUCAGGAAGAGCUAGCGAGGGUAGCAGUUGUGGCAUCAGAUGGCUGCCAAUCUUGGCCAGUCUGAGCUUCAGUUAAAGCUGAAGGAAGGAGAGGAGACAGUUGGCCUUUCCAUCACACCCCACACCACAAGAGAAUAACUUGCUUCAAAACGCUAUGCAAAAAGUUGACAGCUGUCACUCUGGGUUCAGGGUUACAAACUCAGAUGCCAAAGGGCCAGCUUGACACCAAAGUGGUUUACACCGAGGAGCCAGGCUCCACGGAAGAGGAGGCAGCUGGACACUGCUCCAGCUGCUAUCAGGAGAAAGGCAGACCCAUGGCUGCCAAGCCUCAUCUUCUUCCCCCUAAGAAACAGGAGAUCUGGGGUUUUACCCAGAAUGGCCCAAUCUUCAAAUGUGGGCAACAUUUUGUUUAUUCAGACCAAAGACAUGUUUGGUCUUCAGUUGGCAUUUAAGCACAAAUGUGGGCAAUACCGCCCGGCAAAGCCGGUUGCUGACAUACUUUAAAAUAUGCCCUCUGUGCCAUCAGAUGUCAACAACUCGAAACCCACAGGAAAUAUUGGAAGCCAAGGCCAACCCUUCCUUGACCCUCAACACACACAUUCCCCAGCUUACCUUGUGAGGAUGGGUUGUAGGAAGUGGUGAGGGGAGAAGCAGGGCCUGCUGGGGACCUCAAGUGAGGAGGGAUGAGAAUGGCAUUGAGAGAUGGUUGGAUGGACAGUUCUAGAGACAGGAAUUGACAUAUUCAGUCAAGAAGAGGCAAAGCUUAUGGAAAGCCAGUUAGGGUUAGGAUGGGGCACCAAACAAGGACCCAGUUACUGGCAAGGCCAGGUAGAAGAGACUUUAGCCACAGGACUCCUAAGUGUAACAGUGGAAAGGGCACAAUGUGGAGACACCUGGCUGAGCCAGGGCCACCUUGUACUCUCUCAGCUCCCCAUUCCUGCUCAACACCAAGCCUCUCCACAUCCCCCACAUCUCCGCUGGCCCCAGGCUAUGCUCACCACCAGGACUGAAGUUGAACAGGGGGGGAAGCGGGCGGUCGUUGGGGAGCUGGGCUCCGAGUCUCCGCAGUUCAUCGAAGAAGCUGUGGGCACAAGCCUCGAGUGGGGAGAGCCUUGAGGAUGGCGUGUACUCCAGUAGGCUAGAGCAGAGUGCAAUGGCCUCAGGUGGUGUCUUUGAAGAUUUGAACACCUGUGGGUUGAUUCAGAGGUGAGAGGCGCAGUGACACUCUGUGGCAGCCUGCUUCCCAAACACCCACCUCCCUGGUAAGGAGACAGACACAGUGAGAUGGGCACUGGCUCAGGGUCCAUGACUUGUGACUCCUGGUGCAUACUUGUCACCAUACAAAUGGGAAUCUUGUAUUUACCUAUGAGUUCUCAACUUUUAAAAUUCUAUAAACUUCACAAUCACAAAA